AUGGCUGACGCGAAUGGAUCCUCACAAGCCGAAUUACUCUGGCGACACCCCUCACCACAGGACUCGAAGCUGUGGGACUUUCUCCAAAGAGUAAACAAAAAGCACAACAAGAACUUCAAGACAUAUCACGACCUCUACCAAUGGAGCAUCGACAGCGUCUCCGAUUCCUGGGGCGAGAUCUGGGACUAUGUCGGUGUUCGAACCUCGCAACCGUACAAACGAGUCGUCUCGGAUGAGAAUACCAUGUUCCCGCGACCAGCAUGGUUUCCAGGAGCGAAGCUGAACUUUGCAGAGAACUUGCUAUUUCCAACUCAAGAGGUCGACGAGAACAGCCCGGCGGUCAUUGCAGCGACGGAGACGACCAGGGAGACUGUCACAUGGAAAGAGCUGCGAGAAGGAGUACGGUAUUGCCAGGCCGGGAUGAAGUCUCUGGGGCUGAACCCGGGCGAUCGAGUUGCUGGAUACGUUGCGAAUCAUACCAAUGCACUCGUGGCUUCGCUGGCUGCAUCAUCACUUGGAGCAAUUUGGACAGCCGUCAGCCCGGAUACUGGUGUUACAGCCGUCUUGGAUCGAAUGGUUCAGAUCGAGCCGAGUUUACUAUUCACGGACAACGCAGUCAUGUACAAUGGCAAGACACAUCCUGUUCUACCGAAGGUCAAGGACAUUAUGGAAGGCCUGCCGAGUUUGAAAGCGACGAUCAUAUUCGAUACGGUUUCGUCAAUGGGUUCGAAAGUUGAAGGACUCUCAGAAGAAUUGAGCAGCAAGGUAUAUGGAUUCGAGCUAUUCGUCCAGCCAGCGUCUCCAUCAGGAACUCUACAUUUCGAACAGCUCGAUCCAGAUACGCCAGUAUACAUCCUCUACUCGUCAGGUACUACGGGAGCACCGAAGUGUAUAGUCCACGGCGCGAUUGGUACCCUGAUCCAGCACAAGAAAGAACACAUCCUUCAAUCGGACAUUCGACCUGGUGAUCGCCUCUUCUACUUCACUACUUGUACCUGGAUGAUGUGGCACUGGCUGGUAUCUGGUCUGGCCGCAGGUGCAACACUGGUUCUGUACGAUGGCUCUCCCUUCCAAUAUCUCUCGAACGGAGAAUCUGUCAAGGACGACCUGGCGAUGCCUAAGCUCAUCGACGAGAUUGGAAUCACCCAGUUUGGAACCAGCGCAAAAUAUCUGUCAGUGCUGGAACAGCGAAAUGUCUUUCCUAAGGAACAAGGGUUGACUCUCAAGACCCUGAAGGCAAUAUACUCGACCGGCUCGCCUCUUGCGCCUUCAACGUUUCAAUACGUGUACAAAGCGUUCGGUCAGAUCAAUCUCGGAUCGAUUACUGGCGGCACGGAUAUCAUCUCGCUCUUUGGCGCGCCAUGUCCGCUACAUCCUGUCUACACUGGAGAAAUCCAAGUCUUGGGUCUUGGAAUGGCUUGCCAGGCGUGGGACUUCCAGGGCAAGGAUGUCAGCAAAGAAGGCGAGCCCGCAGAUCUUGUCUGUGUGAAACCAUUCCCAUGUCAACCGGUAAAAUUCUGGGGCAAGGAUGGCGAGUCGAAAUACAAGGCAUCCUACUUCGAAGAAUUCCCUGGUGUAUGGCAUCACGGCGACUUCAUACGCUUCAACCCAGAAACAGGCGGCUUGAUCAUGCUUGGUCGAUCAGACGGCGUACUGAAACCAUCUGGUGUUCGUUUUGGUUCUGCAGAACUUUACAACGUCCUCCUGAAGCACUUCCCAGACCAAGUGGAAGACGGCCUUGCCAUUGGACGAAGACGAGAGCAAGAUGACGACGAGACCGUUGUUUUGUUUGUCAAGAUGAAGGCUGGCGAGAAGUUCAACGAUCAACUAGUACAAGAUAUCAAGAGCGUGGUCAGGAAAGAGCUUUCAGCAAGACAUGUGCCUGGAAUCAUCGACGAGUGUCCUGAUAUACCCGUCACGACCAAUGGCAAGAAGAUCGAGAAGAGCGUCAAGCAGAUCUUGUGUGGGUUGAAUAUCAAGACGAGCACGAGUGUGGCCAAUCCGGAUUGUCUGGACUUUUAUCGACAGUGGACAGAGACUCAUUGA